AUGUCCUCCAAAAGACCUCGGGAACAGUCUCAAACAUCUUCGACCACGUGGUCCCCUUCUCCCUCACCAGAACCUACGCCAAAGGCUGUACGAACUGCUCUACCUGCGGACGUGUCGACAUGUGCUAGUCCCUUCCUUUGCACCCUUCCGCCGACAUGUAAUCCUCCUCAGAAUCGGCCUACGCCGCUGGAGAGCAGCAGUGAUAUUGAGGCCCACUAUGCAAAAUACCAUGCGCACGUCUGUGAGGAGAGAGGAUGUGGCUGUGUUUUUCCAGAUGCGAGAUUGUUGGAGUUGCAUCAGGCAGAAUGCCACGAUCCUCUUGCCUCGAUACGGAAGGAUAGAGGAGAAAAGAUUUUUGCGUGCCACCUCACAACAUGCUCGAAAAUGUUCCUCACACCUAAGGCGCGGCGGCUGCAUCUCAUCCAGGCGCACGGAUAUCCGAAAGAAUACUUCUUCGCUGUAACGAACAAGGGAGUGGGAGAACUUUUGAAGCGAUGGGGCGAGGGCGCCAGCAUGGUUCGAGGGAAGUGGGCUGCGCGGGAGGAGGUGAAUGAUGACAUGGACGACGGUAGUGGGAGCGACAUUGCAAGCGACGAUGAAGGAGAGGAAGAGGUACAUGAAACACAAGUGGAUGAUGCCAAGAUGGAUGGGGAAACAGAGGCGUCUGGCGCGAAUGGAACACAAGUUCAGCUGCAGAACGGGAAGGAAUCGGUAGGAAAGUACGAAGAUGAAGCCAGCGAGAACAAGGAGGACGAGACAAUGGACACGCUUAUGGGGGCGAUGGGCUCUCUUUCGCUCGUUCCACCGAAGAUCAGAUUUGGACGUGGCGCGACAAGACCAGGAUUUGGCCGUGGGCGGGCAGGCAUAAUGCAACGCGGCGCAGCGAUGGCGAGAGGACGUGGAGGUUUCAACGGGGCUAUGGGAGGGAUAGGACGUGGUAUGAUGUCCCCACAGGCGACUACAUCAGGAAACAUUGCGAUGGGCGGAAGUGCGCGAAUGGACAUGCAGACGCAGGCACCGAUGCGAGGCAUCUUAGGCGGAGGGUUCAUUCGCAGAGGCGUGCAUGGACCACCAGCAACUAGAGGGGGCAUGAUCAGGUUGAAUGGAAACGUGCCGAGAGGACGUGGCGGUGGUCGUGCUGUGCAGCCUGCGAGGGGGAGGGGCAUAAGCCGUGGUGGCACCGGCGGAGGAUCGCUGGGGAGAGGAACUAUCAGAGGUACGACUCCGUGA